AUGUGCGGGGGGAUGGCGGCGCGGGGUCCGGGCGGGCCGCGGUGCUGGCAGAACCGGCGGGCGCGGCUGCUGUGCAUGCUGGCACUCACCUUCCUGUUCUUCGUGGUGGAGGUGGCGGUGAGCCGCGUCACGUCGUCCCUGGCCAUGCUCUCCGACUCCUUCCACAUGCUCUCGGACGUGAUGGCCCUUGUGGUGGCCCUGGUGGCCGUGCGCUUCGCCCAGCGCACCCGCGCCACCAAGAAGAACACGUUCGGGUGGGUGCGGGCCGAGGUGAUGGGCGCGCUCGUCAACGCCGUGUUCCUCACGGCCCUCUGCUUCACCAUCCUGCUGGAGGCCAUCGAGCGCUUCACCGAGCCCCACGAGAUCCAGCAGCCGCUGGUGGUCAUCGCCGUGGGAGUGGCGGGGCUCAUCAUCAACCUGCUGGGGCUCUGCCUCUUCAACCACCACGGCGUCGGGGGCCACGGGCACGCCCACGGGCACGGGCACUCGCACGGCGCCCGGCAGCAGCACCCCCGCGCCGGCCCCAAGCCCGAGCCGCCGCCCGGGGACGGGGAGGCAGCGCUGCACCGCGAGGAGACCAGCACCUUGGUGGAGAACUGCAGCAGCUCCAACGGGGUCAGCCAGGAGAAGCUGGGUGAUAUGAAAGAUGACAUGGCUGACCUACAAGUGAACGGGAAUGCUGGCCAUUAUCCUCUGGAUGAAGAGGAGGUUGAAGAAGACUCUAGUGCACAACUUAACAUGCGUGGAGUUUUUCUGCAUGUUUUUGGAGAUGCCUUAGGUUCAGUAAUUGUGGUAGUGAAUGCCUUGCUCUUUUAUGGGUUGUGGAAUCCAUGCCCUGAAGAUGGGCCUUGCUUUAAUCCAUGUAUCAAUAAUCAUUGCAUGGAAAAUGCUACUUUAUCCCAAACACUUGGCAGAGCUAACAAGUCUGAGCAAGAGGGCAUUACAGUGGCUGGUCCUUGCUGGUUGCUAUAUUUAGAUCCUGUCCUUUGUUUGAUUAUGGUCUGUAUACUCCUUUACACAACUUACCCAUUACUUAGGGAAUCAGCCCUUAUACUUCUGCAGACUGUUCCCAAACAAAUAGAUGUUCAUUCUUUGAACUCAAAGUUACGUACCCUCGAAGGAGUCGAAGCAAUCCAUGAGUUACACAUUUGGCAACUAGCGGGCAGCAGGAUCAUUGGCACUGCUCACAUCAAGUGCCCUGACCCUUCCACAUACAUGAUGGUGGCAAAGCGCAUUAAAGAGAUCUUUCAUGACGAAGGGAUUCACGCAACUACCAUUCAGCCUGAGUUUGCCAGCGUUGGCUCUGAAUCGGGGAGAGGGAAAUGUGAGUUGCCUUGCAGGACUCAGUGUGCUUUGAAGCAGUGUUGCGGAACGGCGGAAGAUAGUACUGCAAAGAAGACAGAAAAAUCUUCAUCACUUAGUAUUUCUUGUUCAGAAGUUGUCAUUGAAUUUCCAAAAACGAGGAGGACUAAGUCGGAGAGCAUCCCUUCAGUGAAGCUAGAGGCAAACACUGAUCAAAAUGAGCAAUUUGAGUCAUCUUUGUAACUCCCCGAACGGUGCUACCUGAGUUGUGGUAACUUUGUCAACAGCUGUGUUGCAAGAGGAAGAGACAGACGUUUUGAGUUGCAAUUUUGCCAAGUAGUGUAAUUGCUGAAGUCCUUGUUCUUGUCAUAUUGCUAAAUAUAGAAUGCUUGUUUUAAAGAAUAUAAUGUCACUGUCAUGAUACAAUGUGUUUGUGUUGACUUUGUUUGACUGAGACAGACAGAAAGUGCACCUAUGCUGUAACAACUUCAGAAAACCAGUUUCAGCAUUUCAGCAGAGACACUUUUUGCUGUGCUUCAAAUUAAGAUUUUUUUUUUUCAAGUGAAAAGGUAUUUGAGGGAUAAGCAUGUAGGAACUCGAUUUGUGUUACAUAUUUCUUGGACCUACUUUUUCCUUUAAUAUUUGAUUUGUAGAUGUUUUAAUAUAUUGUUUAUUUAGAAGCCCUAAGAAAACCAAAGUUCAUAGAACAUUUUAAAAGAGAAAGCUACUAAAAACUGGAAACCACUUUGCAGUUUCACAUAUUUUUCUUAAAGCUAUGUAAUAAUAAUAAAUGUGAAGGCUUUUCAACUGAAUUUAUUGCAUUUUUUGAAGAGAACAUCCUGUGAUUGUUAGAAAUUGUCCUCACUUCUUUUGGUAAGGUAGCAAAGUAAUUGAAAACAACAGAUGUGAAAGGGUUUUUUUCUACCAGAAUGGAAGUUCAAGCUACUGUAUACUGCUCUGUGAUCAAGAUGUGAGACUGAUUGAUACAGUAACACAUACUUUCAUAUUUUGUGUAUUUUCUGGUGGCUUUUCUUGCUUCCAAGUUGUAUCUUGGAAGUCUUCAAUAUUUAAAGAACCCUUGACUCACAGUGCUGUGAAUCAAAAGCUGGAGCUUUAUAUUUAACUGAUGCUGAGUUUACUAAGACAAAAUAAUUAGUUAUGUCAGUAAGUGCGCAGUCGGGGAACGUCUGCCAAGCACCGACAGUAUAAUUUGUGCUUUCCAGCUCAGACAGCAGCUUCGCAACAAGUAACACAGUGGUGCAUUUUGCUUCUAGUUGAGUGGAAGCACUUGCAGUGACUACAGUCCUGGUCCCCACCGUGUCCUCAGGAGCCCUCCAGGACUUUUGAGGAAGUGGCGCAGGGAGCAGGAUUUCAUUCACUGUAUUUCACACUUUGAGGUGUUUAUGUAUCACGUAAUUUCACUUAUUAAGUAUCCAAAUCUGUGUUUUAAAAUCUUGACUCAGUUAAUUGACAACUGGCUCUAAAGAAGCUGUUACAGUAUGCUGCCAACUUACACCUUAGCAGAGAAGAGAAACUGGUCAGUGGGCUCUGUGAAUUUGGCAGAGACUAGGUGAGAGUUGAAGAUAAAACAUAUAAGAAAUAUAAUCUAAAACCCCAGCCCUUUUGAUCCACUCUCGCGUUACGUACAGGAACUAAUGUCUUGUGCUUAUUUGACUCUCCUAUGCUCAAAACUGGAAAACAACUCAGAUCUUCCAUUGUUUGUUCUAUGACUCUGGACAUGAUAAACACUUUGCCUGAGUUUCCCUGUCUUAAAAUGGGGAUAAUACCUACCUCACAGGGGUGUUGUGAGGCUUAACUCUUGUGUGAAGAGCUCUGAGAUUUGUUACUUGGAAGGCACUGAAAAAGAGUAGAAGAUACUAGAUUACAUAGUGUUUGCUACUUCUACAAAUGUAUGGCAAUACCUAGGCACAACCAGAGGGAACUGAGAAUAGUUUUGGCCUUAUGAAAUUCUUUGAUGCUGUGGUUUUCAGGUUUUUAACAGUAUUUAAAUGUAGAUUUUUUUAAAAAAAGAAUGUUUUGUUAGUGAAGGGAAUGUAGCUUUGCCUCCAGAUACAGAACACCUUGCUAGUUUGCAUUUCUUACAUGUCUCAUAUCGUAAUUGCUCCUAAAUAGUUCAAAAUAGUCCUGCUGCUCAUCGGACCUGGAUUGGCCCAAGUCACGUCAGUGGUCUUACCCAAAGCAGAGCAUUGCAGUCAACUCUCGAUUAUCCAUGGGUUGAUUACCAGUGUUGUGUAUUAACUGUGCAGUCUGCAGAGCCCAGACCAGCCCUGCAUCGCGUGCUGUGCGCUGGCCAAGUGCUGUGUGCCAAGGCAUUGGAAAAGCAGAGGCACUCAGCCGGUUCCACAGGAGCCCCUCUCACAGGGUGUGUUGGCCUGGGUGCAGCACAGCACCAGGCACUUAUUUUGCCUCUUGGCUGCUCAGAUGCAUCUGCAGGAAGCUGCAGAGUGUGGAUAGGUCGGUUCAGCUUUGCGCUGUUUUGGGGAUGUUGGUGCUUCACAGCCACCAGCAUUGCUCCCCUUUUUCUGUGUUUAUGCUUGUUGUACAGUCUCAUAAACUAACUUAAAUAUGUUAAUAUAGUAUUUAUAUAUGUUUUUGUUUUGUCUGAAUUAUCUUAACUCUUUCUUCUGUUACCUGUAUAUGAUCUAGAGUUGACUACAUUUGCAGAAUAUGCUACCACUGCUAGUAUACUACAGAAUAUUAAACAAGUAAAUUUUGAAAGGAACAAAGUACUAUUUUUUUUUUUAAAAUUUGUAUCCUUGCUUUUUAUGGUAAACUUUCACUAAUUAUUUUGAUCAUUAGUUUAAAAUUGGUCUCAAUCAUUAGUUGAGGUCCUGCUGUAUAUCUCUAAUGCACCAUAGUACUACUGCUCUUUAGUUUAUUUAAAAAGAUACCAGCAAGACAAACCGUAGUAGCACUGACUGUGACUUCUCUCCUGUUGCUAUUAUAAAAACAGAGCAACUAUUAAGUCAUAACAGUUGCCAUCGCUGGUCUCAGUAAAUGCAUCUGGAUAGAUGAAGUUGUAGUCACUAUUCCAUUUUAAACUAUUUAAUCUUUUCUUUUUGAGCCAGAAGUCAUAUUUUUCUAUUUCUGUGUCCAUUGCAGGCAAUGGCUAGCUUAAAAGACAAAAAGCUCUCCCCCUCAUUAUUUUAAUUACAGGAUGAAGAUGUGAUGGUGAUGAUGGUGAUGGGGGCAGAAGGGGGAGUUGCGUGGUCUCUCUGUCAUGUGCUGUGUUGCACGUGCAGCACCAGCUGGUGUUGACGGGGCCCUUUAGUCUCUUUAGCCUUCCAUGGCAAAUUCCCUGAAAGCAUAUAGUGAGGUCAAGUUGGUGGCUGUGCAGCAGCAGGAACAUAAUUUUUCUGUUUGUUCUGGCUGUAUGAGACCCGACUGUAGCCCACUAGCUUGUGAUAGAGCUUGAAUUUUUUUUAACCUGAUCUGUCUGAGGUUAUACAGACUUGAUUUGUUGUGAAGAUCACAGUUUCAGAAUACUGAGAUCAUUCAAAAACACUGCACAGUCUCUCUUUUUUUUUUUUCCACAAAGCAUGGCACUAGUGAAUCUCAUGUAAGUGAACACUGCAAUGGAGGGGGAGCUAAUUGUAUUGUGUAUCACAUUCCUGAAUUUUUAAAAUAAAAAGACCUAUGGAACACUGAUUUUAAGGAAAAAUAAGUUUUUACUUCAAUGUCUAGAUUGUUUAGGCUUCCGAUUAAAUGUGUCAUAGAUGUACCAAAUGUCACUGGGUGAAAUAUUUUACACUUACUAUAUGUCUCAUCCCGGAACAUGCUGUUUUAGAAUCACUUCUUAGAUUAUAUCUGCGCCUAAGGUGCAGUGCAGAACUAAUUCAGACACUCAGUGGGCUAGCCACAGCUCCAUCAAGCUUCCGUUGUAGCAGGGUGAAUCGUUUCUGUGGAACCCCUCAUAAUUUUAGCUUGGUUGCUUUAAACAGCCAUUCUGGGCUGUUGGUGGUAUCUGUUGCUGCUGCAUCGUGGUGUGCGGUAUGGACAGACACAGAGUUAUGCAAAAGAACUCGCCCCGACUUGUGACUCCCCAAAAGUCACGGCAGGGGCUCACUCCUGAAAAUGUCUGUAUUCUUGAGUAGUUUCAUCGGGCUGACGAGUACUUACUUGCAUGCAAAGAAUUACUUGUGGGAGUGAGUCCAAAGCUUCUGCCAGUGCUUUUACAGAGUAAAAGUACCUAGAUUUUAUGGAUGUAUUAAAAUCAGGACUAUUGUGGUGUUUCUAAAUUUGCUGCAGAAAUACUGUCAGUUUGAUCCAAUUCCAGGAUUUAUUCCUUUCCCCCGUUCUUAAAAAAGAAAGGGGAAAAAGCUCACUGAGUGUCCUGAGACUUAUUAACAAGUUUAGCUAAACUGACAUUGCUGUUUGCUUCUGAAAUCAGGCCAUCUGAAUUUAUUAAACACUGCUUGGUAGAGUUUGGGGAGGAGGGAUAAAGAUUCUUGCCAUUCUCAUUCCCCUGCCCCCUGCUUUGACUGCACUUUCUAAUCUCUUCAGCUAUGGAGAGACCUGGGGGGACAGAGGGGGUGAAUUUUUUACCUAGAUGUUCCGAGUUCCACAUGGAGGGAAUGGGAAAUACUGCUAACUAUAUUUAAAAGCAUAUAAAUAUGCUCUGACUAUUUUAGUUUCAUAGCAUAGCAUCAGUUACACCCUUUUUAGGUAUGCAUUUAAGUUGUCAGCUCCAUGGCAUCUCUGGUUUUUUCUUUCUCAGCUAGAUGGAAAGAGGUGGAUGCUCCAAUUGCUUGGGCUAAAGCCAGACUUGACAGUUUUCUAAAUCAAACGUAGCUUUGCUGAUAACAGAAGGGUCCGAUUAUUCCUAGUGACCUUUUCUUUGUGUGGUUAGCUGCCCGUGAGGUACAGCACCAUGUUUUAGCAGGCUCACAUUUAUAUUUUCUGCAUUCACCGUGUGGUCUAAUUAGUUGAAGAGCAAACCCACAAAACUGAAAAAUAUCUUUCAUCAAUAUAUCUCCAAAAAGCACAUGGGAUUAAUUUGGCUUCUUUUUUUUCAUGUCCUGGAUCCUGUUUCUGAACAAUGUUAAAAUAUAGUUGGCAUAGCUUGUUCAUUGAUGAUAUUUCUUU